ACUUCUCUCAUAACAGCUAAAAACCACUCCAACAGAGCACACUUCACUUCUUCGUUUUUGUCUUUCCUCUUUUUUUUCCAGAGAAGCUGAGAAAGCCCAGCUCGCCCUCAACUCCCCGAUGGGUUUGAUGAAUGUUCUCAAAUUCUCAGCUGCAUGCUUUGAUCUUCUUGGCUGGCCUCUGUUUGCACUGGGUUAUCCUCUAUGUGCUUCAAUUCGGGCAAUUGAGACUAACUCAAUCUCAGACGUUCGGAAGUGGGUGGCGUAUUGGGUUCUAUUUUCCUUGAUUUCACUCUUUGAUCAUACUUUUGCCAAGCUCCUUGAAUGGGUACCAUUCUGGCCUUACAUAAAGCUGAUGGUCAUCUGCUGGAUGGUGAUACCGCAUUUUGAUGGUUCAUAUUCUGUCUAUCAACACCUAGUUCAUCCAUGCUUGUCCAUGGAUCACAAG